CUCAGUGCCAGAUAUCAAUAUGCUCGAUUGGCUGCCCGACUUUUUGGACGGCCUAUUUAAUAUGCUUUCUGAUUCGAACAGAGAGAUUCGCCAAGCUGCAGACUCUGCCAUUGCUGGUUUCCUAAAUGAAAUUAAAAAAUCACCAGUCGUGGAAUUUGGUCCCAUGGUUGGUAUCUUAGUUAAUCAAUGUCACAACAAAGAACGUUUUAACCGUCUCACGGCCAUUACCUGGGUGAAGGAAUUUAUUAAACUGGGGGGGGAUCGCCUGUUGCUCUUUUAUUCUGAGCUACUGGGCUCCAUCAUGUACUGCAUCUCGGACAGUGAUCUUGAAAUCCGCCAAGUUGCUGGCUAUACAAAUGUUGAAUUGCUCGAUCUUGUGAAACAAACUGCAAAUGAGUUUGAGCUCUCCCCACUCCUCCAAACCCUGACAUCGGAGCUAGGAUCACAUUAUAUACCAACCCGCAUGGCAGCACUUCGAUGGAUCAAUAUGCUCCUCGAAAAGGUAGCUGGGGAGAUGAACAAAUUCAUAUCCGAGCUGUUGCCAGCACUUCUUAGCACUCUAUCUGACGAGGCUGACGAAGUCGUCUUGACAAACCUCGAGGUAUUUUUAAGUUUUUUCACUCAGGUACUUGCUCGUAUUUCUCUCUUAAGUGAUGCGGAAUUCAAACGAGUGUUGGACGCAAUACUUCAGCUUUUUUCUGAGGACCGUCGCCUUCUUGAGCUACGAGGAUCGUUGAUUAUCCGAAAUCUAUGCGUUUUACUGAAUGCAAAGUCCAUAUAUAUAUCACUUGCUACCAUACUGCAAAGCCCAGUGCAUGACUACGUAGCCGGAAGCGAGAAUCUUGCCCUGGUUGAUGUCCCCGCUAUUCCAACCAUCAGACUCUCCGAAGACCAAUUAGACUUCCGCUCAAUCAUGGUUCAAACCUUAAAUCUGAUACUCCUCACUGCUCGUGAGUUAGAUGAACUGCGGUUGUUACUUCGGUCCAGUCUAGAAUCUGGAGCAUCGAAGGAAGCGACUGCUGUGUUCGUGACUCUGUUUGGUUGCUGGUGCCACAAUCCUGUAGCCACGCUUGCGCUUUGUCUCAUCGCGCAAGCCUAUGAGCUAUCAUCAGCAUUAGUCACGCUCUUUGCCAAUGUCGACAUCACAGUCGGCUUUUUGAUGCAGGUUGACAAAUUGGUGCAGCUAUUGGAAAGUCCUGUGUUCAUCCAGCUCCGACUGCAACUUCUCGAAGUGCACACCUCCUACCAUCCAUUCUUGCUCAAGAGCUUGUAUGGACUUCUGAUGCUGUUACCCCAAUCCGCUGCGUUUACUAUUCUGAGUAAUCGCCUG